CUCUCUCCAUGUUUCUCUCAAACCUGCCUAACAACACCAUGAGGCGCUAAACAACGGAUAGCAACGAAAGCGAAUCAAAUAUUUUAUCUGUUGCUCUUCUCUCUUUCGACACUUGCUUGAAAACUAUCGAAAUAACAACACGGAUACAAUAUACUGUCUGUCUAUCUAUCUUUCUAUCUGUCUAUCUAUCUACCUACCUAUCUAGACUUUAUUUCACUGAGGAAUAGCCGUCCUUUAAAAAACAGAAAAAUAAUACUUAUAACAUAUAAUUGAAACAAUUACUGUUAUCAUAUUUAUUAUAACUAUUAUUAUUAUUAUUAUUAUCAUUAUUACUUAUCAAUUGGAGGAGUUUGGUUCGGUGUAUUCCCUUCCAUUCAUAGAAAUCGCAGAAAUUCUCCAUCCAACCAACUUGUUGUCUGUAAUCAUACUGGAGCAACACCUUGAUGCAUUCAUUGUCGACCAAACCAACUCCAAUGCUUACUUAGUUUAGUCAGGUGGUGAUUAUCUAAGAUGGGAUUAAUUAGCACAAUUUUCGAUUCAAUGAAGUGGCUUAAUGAACUUUAAAGAUUUCUUUAUCUGAUGCUAUCAUCUUUAUCAUCGCUAUUAAUUAUCAGCAGCUUAUUACCCUCUUCUUCAUCAACAAAAUAGAAACUUCAUUUAUGGCUAAAACAUAUCAACCAAAUUCUGGCGUUAUUUGUCAUUCUUCACAGUCUAAUUUGGUCGUAGAACCAUGCAAAUAUUCCGACUGUGAGUCAGCAGUGACUGCAGGAAUUAAACGGUUUGAAUUAAGUAUGAAAUUUAUAGUAUUGUUCAUGACAGGGCUUGGAUUUUUCUUUGGUAUUCUUGUUGGCCUGUUAAUACAACUUCCGGGUGUGACUGUGCCUUCGGAUUUUGUCCGAACCAGCAGCAAGGAUGUCCGAGUUGACAUCAAAGAGUCCUAUCACCGAUACCAGGAACCAACAGAAGGCCCACUUGCACAGCAGAUACAAAGAGUUAUUGUAGCAAGAGAAAUAUUAAAUGAAAAAGCUCACGGUCAAAUGCAAAAAACCGAUUUAGCAGUGGUUCAGAAUACGAAUAAUUCUUUAGAAAUCAAAGAAGAGAUUUUAAAGAAGAGUCCUUACCCAGAUGCUCCUUACCAAGAAACAUUAUUGAACGCAGAUGUGAAACCCGAAAUCCCCAUCAAUGCUGUACUUAGGUUUACUCGGUUUUCGGCAGCUAAUGAUUCCAAUAAAAAACCUUCCCAGGUGGUAAAAGGUGCAGCAGAAACUAAGUCCCAAGCUGAUUAUAGUCCAAAUAUAAAUAAGAAAUUGGCAGGAAAUUCUUCUGUAGUAAAUGGUGUGUUUUGGCAACCUUCUGUAGAGAAAUUGUGUGUUGUUGGUUUUUCUAAAGAAAGAAGAUCAAAUUGGCGGCAGAAAGCUGGCAUUCUGCAAAUUGUUAAAAUGGAAGAAGGAUGCGGACGAAUGCAAAACAGGUUGCUGACUUUCAGGGAUUCCUCAAAAGCUUGUGCUCGCUAUCGAUUAAAUACAGAUCAAAUCCAAGGAGAUAUAUUUUCUUACUACUUAAGCCAAAUCUUAAAAAUCAGUAAUCUUCCCCCAUCCAUUGCUCUUGCUGUACAACCAAGAGAUAUCAAGUGGAGUGACAUUCACGAGGAAAUUGCACAAUCUCAGUGGGUAGAAGACCAAGUAGUUGUCGUGUCAGAAUGGAUUGAUGGUCUUGAACCAACAUUUAUACCUAAAGAGUUUCGCAACGAAGGCCUUCACUUAAAUCCUACUUCUGAUAGCCUGUCGAGCAAAAGUCAAAAUGAACUUUGUGAACUCAUCCAGUGGUCAGAUUUAAUAGUGUUCGACUAUUUAAUCGCCAAUCUUGACCGCGUUGUAAACAAUAUGUUCAACAAACAAUGGAACGCUAAUAUGAUGAGCAACCCAGCACAUAAUCUCCAGAAAGUUCCAUCGAAUGAACAGCUAGUAUUUUUGGAUAACGAAUCUGGAUUAUUCCACGGAUAUCGCCUACUUGAUAAAUAUAGUUCGUAUCACCAUUCCAUAUUGCAAUCGCUGUGUGUCUUCAGGAAAUCGACUGCAAAAGCUAUAGAAAGAUUACACUUUACUGGAGAUAUUGGUAAAGAACUGAAAGAAGAAUUCAUCAAGAACGAAAAAUUCCAUUAUUUAAUACCAAGUUUACCAGAGAAAAAUGUCAAAAUCCUUCAGGAACGAAUCUCAGAAGUUUAUGCACAAAUACAAAAAUGUCAAGACAAAUACAUAUACAAAACAGCACAAUAGACACACAAUUUAUAUACACAAGGAUUUUAUUUAUUUAUUUUUCUCUUUGGUUCCCCUGAUAUACUCUACAUCACAAGCUUCGUGUUCCCAAUUCCCACCAUUUCUAUUUAUCACCCGCUGUACAUAGACGAUAAUUAAAAUUUAUUUCAACAAGGUAAAUAUGUAAUAUUAAGCAAACUUAUUUUUCUAUAAAAAAUAAAUUUUAUUACAAUUA